UCGAAAUGGGUGAGAUGAAACGGAGGAAGUAGUUGGGCUGUAUGGCCAUGUUCUAGCAGCAUUCUCUCCUGACGUUUUGCCUGCAUCUGUGGCUGGCAUAUUCAGAGGAUCUGAUUUGGAGAAUUUCCCAAAUAUAUGGAGCAGCUCAGCACACCAUACCUCUAGCAGUGAUCAGAAUGAAGAAAAGACCCAUGAGGAUACUUUCUGCUGAUCAGCGUUGCUUCACAGCUGGUGGACCCUUCUCUCUGAGGAGACCCAGUUCAUUGUAACCCCCCUGCAUGGGAUGGCAAGGGGUUUUUUGGCCCGGACAAUUACAGUGGUUUCUCUUACUGUAACAUUUUCUGCUGUUACUGCUCGGUCUUCUCACUGCCGCUAUCUCUACCCGUUAUUCCAGUCAGCCGGGAAUAAAGCCUGCUGCUCACCUUCAGGACACUGGUACCACAGUAAGGCUGCUAGAAUGUCUUGUUACAAAAACCCCAGAGCGAAUUUGCACAACAAAGCCAGGACUUCCCCUUAUCCAGGGUCAAAGGUUGAACGCAGUGAAGUGCCCAAUAAUAAGGUGGACUGGUUGACCGAAUGGAAGGCGUACAGCCCUGUUGAAUACACCGCACCCUCUGUUUUGGCAGGACCUCAGUGGGCGGAUCCGGAGAUUGGGGACAGAACAUUUUCUCCCAAGUUCAAUGACAAGGACGGGCCAGUGGACAGGAAGAGCCAGUGCGGUGUAUAUGAGGUUGAAAAUGGGAGGCCCAGGAAUCCAGUGGGCAGAACAGGACUCUCAGGUCGAGGUCUUUUGGGGCGCUGGGGGCCAAACCACGCUGCAGACCCUCUGAUAACCAGGUGGAAGAGAGACAGCAGCGGCAAUAAGAUGGCUCACCCAGAUUCCGGCAAAAACAUCUUGCAGUUCAUCGCCAUCAAAAGGAAAGAUUGUGGAGAAUGGGCCGUUCCAGGGGGAAUGGUAGACCCAGGCGAGAAAUUAUCUGCCACGCUGAAACGAGAAUUCGCUGAAGAGGCUUUGAAUUCUCUGCAGAAGUCUGGCGCUGAGAAAGAAACACUGGAGAAGCAGCUGAAUAGCCUUUUCAGUCAAGACCACUUUGAGGUAUAUAAAGGAUACGUGGACGAUCCCCGAAAUACAGACAAUGCUUGGAUGGAAACAGAAGCAGUGAACUACCACGAUGAAUCUGGAGAAAUCAUGGAUAAUUUGAACCUGGAAGCCGGGGACGAUGCUGGGAAAGUGAAAUGGGUCGACAUUGGGGAAAGGCUGAAGCUGUACGCCAGCCACGCUGACUUUGUCAGGAGAGUAGCUGAGAAAAGGGGAGCUCACUGGAGUGAACACCCAGAUCCUGAGAGCAAAGGCUGAGAGCAAAUAUCGGGUGCCAGUUUAGCAAAGGAAUGAGGAGUUGUUGCUGCUCUGAGAGAUGCUAGUUGACUGGAGAAAGCAUAAGCUGCCUUGGUUUUUAUUUACAUUCCUUUGAUUUCAGUGGGAUUCAUUUAAGUGUUUCCUUAUCGCUCCUGUGGGAAUUCAGAAUGAGUGCUUAAUUUUGGCUGCCUUCUCUCUUUAUCAAGAAAGAGUGGAGUAGGAGGUGUAUGAUAAUGAUGUUGCCACUGUGGGGGAUGUAAUGCUUUGCCUGUUUUAUUGUAUUCAGUUCGGGCAAUAAGGAGUCUUUUCUAUCCUUGUAAUCAAUAAAUAAGAAUUCUGCUUUCACAGUACUGAUUCGUUUAUUGGACAAGUCUGGGGUUGUGACAAUAUCAGUGUUUUGCUUUCUGUUUGUGUUGUCAAUUUGUAGCUGUUUUUUACGGUGUGACUUUAGUCUCAGCUUGUUCAGUCUGAAUAAAUCACUCCGUUUUCACUGUU